UCAUGUUUAAUGAAUCCCCAAUCGUUUUAUCCGUUGCAUUAUAACUUCAUCUUUUGUUGUUUCCUUCUCCCGCCAUUCCAAUCCAAUGGCUUCCCUCCAUUUUCCCUCAAUCUCCACUUCCUCCUCUCCGAGAUACCAAGCCUUCUUAGUUUCUUCUCUACCAAAACCCCUAAUUUCGUCGAAUCACUUUCAUGGCUUUCUGACUUCACGCCAAUCUUCCCGGAACAUAGGGUUUCACUAUGCUCGUACUCUAAGGAGUCAUUCAAGAAUUAGGGAAGAAGUAUUGGAGGAGAAUAGAGAACCCAUGGUUCCACCUUACAAUGUUUUGAUUACUGGCUCAACGAAAGGAAUCGGAUAUGCACUCGCUAAAGAGUUUUUGAAGGCAGGCGACAAUGUACUAAUUUGCUCAAGAUCAGCUGAGCGGGUGGAAUCUGCAGUUCAGAACCUACGGGAAGAGUUUGGGGAUCAACGUGUGUGGGGCACAACCUGUGAUGUUAGAAAAGGGGAGGAUGUCAAUGCAUUAGUGGCCUUUGGUUGUAGCAAACUUAAAAGCAUAGAUAUAUGGAUCAAUAAUGCAGGAUCAAAUGCUUACAGCUUUAAGCCAUUAGCUGAAACGUCAGAUGAAGAUCUUAUUGAAGUCGUAACAACGAAUACUCUUGGGUUGAUGAUAUGUUGUAGAGAGGCAAUAAAGUUGAUGCUCAAUCAGCCACGAGGAGGUCAUAUAUUUAACAUUGAUGGAGCUGGUUCAGAUGGAAGGCCAACUCCGAGAUUUGCUGCAUACGGGGCUACGAAACGUAGUGUGGUGCAUCUCACGAAGUCAUUACAGGUCUUGUUGAAUUGGCUUCCUGAUGUUCCACAGGCUGAACUGCAGAUGCAAGACGUUAAAAAUGUAGUGGUGCAUAACCUUUCGCCGGGCAUGGUUACAACUGAUCUUCUGAUGUCUGGGGCCACAACGAAGCAGGCUAAGUUUUUCAUUAACAUCCUGGCAGAACCAGCUGAAGUGGUUGCAGAAUAUCUUGUUCCAAACAUCAGAUCCAUCCCUACCAAUGGAUCUACGAAGCCGACUUACAUUCGUUUCCUCACUGGGUUGAAAGCCUACUCACAAAUAUUCUCAAGGUUCGCAUUUGGUGCCAGAAGAAAUAGAUAUGUGUUAGAAGAAUGAAUAUCCAUGUAAGUAGUGUAAGCAUAUAGUUGCUAAUCUCUCAUUCUUAACAACAAAUUUGUAUAAUAUUGUGAUCUCCUUGACAAAUAUAACUGGAAAGUGUGACCAAUUAUUCCGGUCACCAUGUAAAAUUCGUGUAAUACCUCCGAUCAACAACAAUGAGAACUUUGUGAACAA